CUCCAAUAAUUUGCGGUAAGAAAUUGUGUUCUAUUUUUGGUUAACACUCAACAUCACUAGACUAGAGUUGGUCUUGAUUGGGCCGGUUAUCGAUAAGUGAGGCCCAAAAGAGAAAAUAGUGUCUUGAGCCCAUUAACCCAAUAGGAUGGUUAAUUCUGGCCCAACCCGAUUAACGUAUAUAACACCGUCGUUGAAACGGUGCUGGCGAUUUUGAUUUUAGGGUUUCUGCAGGAGUUGUUAAUUAUCACUUCCUAACAGCGCGUGGAUCAACGAAAUGGCGAGGAUUAAGGUGUAUGAGCUGAGGAACAAAACCAAGGCGGAUUUGUUGAACCAGUUGAAAGAUCUGAAGGCGGAACUCGCUUUGCUACGAGUGGCGAAAGUCACCGGCGGUGCGCCUAACAAGCUCUCCAAAAUAAAAGUUGUGAGGCUUUCAAUAGCACAAGUGUUGACAGUGAUUUCACAGAAGCAGAAAGCUGCACUCAGAGAGGUUUAUAAGAAUAAGAAGUAUUUGCCACUUGACCUACGUCCUAAGAAGACCCGUGCCAUUCGAAGACGCCUUACCAAACACCAGGCAUCAUUGAAGACAGAACGAGAGAAGAAGAAGGAGAUAUACUUUCCAUUAAGAAAGUAUGCAAUCAAAGCUUAGGCUAGGAUUGCUUUCUAGCUUCCGGUUGUAGACCAGUUAUUUGAAUUAUUGAAACUUAAAUGUUGCUUAAUUUGUUUGUCUCUAUAUCUGCAUGCCAAUUUUUGUACUAGCAACUUUUCUUGUUUUUAUUAUAGUUUCUGUAUACACCUAAUCUAUCUUAAGAGCUUCCAAGGUUUAUGACAAAAUUUGAUUUUGGAGAAUUUCUAGUUGAUAAUGAGUUAUCAAUGA